AUGAGUCCACUCUAUUUCAUCGCAGUUGGCGUACUCCUCGUGACCACACCCCGGGCUUCAUCCCAGCCUGUAAACUUAGAUGUCGAUCUCGGUUAUGGAAUUUAUCGGGGCUUUCACAACGACUCGACGAGCCUAAAUAUCUGGAAAGGUAUCCGGUACGCCGCACCGCCCGUGGGUUCCCUCCGAUGGCAGGCUCCAAGGACGCCAGAGCCGACGGGCGAGGUUAUCACCGCCGAUGAGUUCGGUCCGUCCUGUCCGCAAGCUUUCCCAUCAAUGUCACGUCCAACCGUCACAUUCGUACCUGGUGACGAGGAUUGUUUGUUCCUGAAUGUAUACUCACCCGAUGUCGUGUCGGAGGAUAAUCCUCUUCCAGUCUUCAUCUCGAUUCACGGGGGUGGGUAUGGCCUUGGAAAUGGAAACCAGGAUAUGACGGACUUUAUGGCUGCCAAUGACAACUCCUUUAUUGCCAUCACUAUCCAAUAUAGACUCGGCGCAUUUGGAUUCCUGGCAUCAGCAGAAGUCAAGGAUCGCGGCAUCCUCAACGCAGGACUUCUCGACCAGAGGUUUGCCUUCGAGUGGGUCAAAGAGCACGUAUCCAAAUUUGGCGGUGAUCCGGAUAGAGUGACGAUAGCGGGUGAAUCAGCGGGUGGUGGAUCUGUACUCCUCCACUCAAUUGCUGAGGAUGGUGGUUUAGGUGAUAGCUUGUUCAAAAACAUCAUUGCGGCCUCGCCUUGGGUCCCUACUCAACCGCGAUACGAUGACGAGAGUCGAGCCCAGCAUUAUCGGGAUUUGGCCGAGGCCUUGGGCUGCGACGCUGCUGACGCUUUCGAUUGCUUGGUGGAGGCCGACUCACUUGAGCUUCAGCGCGCCGCCAAUCUCGUAUCCUCUUCGGCGCCAACAUUUUACGGAAACUGGGCAUUCAUUCCCGUCACAGACGAUACCUACAUCACUGGACCCCCAAGCAUUCUACUCGCUGGUCUAAAAGGCAAUGUCAACGGUGAUCGGAUUUUGAUCGGUAACAACGCAAACGAAGGCCCGCUUCUCAUUCCCCCGACGAUCCGAACCGAGGAUGAUCUUAUUGCGUGGAUCAAAGGAAACUUCGUGAACCUCUCAAGUCGAAACAUCUCAGGUCUUCUCGAAACGUACUCAAGCACUAGCGAGCCCGUUGACUCCGCCGCUCCCCGGUUUGAGACCAGUGGGCUGGGACCCGCGACGGCCGUGAAUGUCAGUCAAGCGGCCACUGGCCAGCAGCAACGAGCAUAUAACAUGGGCGCGGAGGGCGCGGUAAACUGCCUCGGCUACUGGCUGGCCUCCGCCUUUACUGGAAACAACAAGACGGCCUGGUAUUAUCAAUACUCCGUUCCAUUCGCCCUCCACGCCACAGACUUGGCAGCGUACUACGGCCCGCCCACUGAAAAUCAAGGGCCUGAUUUAGUUACUGCUUUUAGAAGAAUAUACGGCAAUUUCAUCACUACUGGCAACCCUUCCAUCUCCAGCGAAACCGCGAAUGGCAUUUCCUCGGGAGCAAAAGAACAAAUGGAACAUCCAGCAAGCGACUGGCCUGCAUGGGACGACGAAAAGCCCACGAUGCUGAACCUCAACCAGACCGGCGGGGUUCCCUACUCGGCCUAUGCACCCAACGGGGCCCAAAUUACCCAGUUUAGGGAACCGGGGUUGAGGAACGAUUUUUCUGUCGUAGAUGCAUACAAUUGGGAAGGUGGGCGAGGGAGAAGAUGCGAGUAUUGGAGGGAGAUCGGUCCAUUUGUACCUGUCUGA